AUGCACUCAUUAAUAAACUAUACAGAUGAGUGUGAGACUCAGCCGCCCGUCUGUGGAGACAAUGCAAAUUGCUUCAAUACACAUGGAAGUUACUACUGUCAUUGUAACGUAGGGUUCACACCAACUCACAAUUUCACAGGAGCGGAUGGAAUCAAAUGCCAAGACAUCAAUGAAUGUGCGGCUGGAAGUGCUGUGUGUGGUCCUAAUGCAGAAUGUAUCAAUACUGAAGGAAGUUAUUCAUGCACAUGUAAAACUGGCUACAUUUCCAGCAAUGGGAAAGAGAUCUUUAUUGCAGAACAAAUUGUUCAGUGUAUUGACGGAAAUGAAUGCGACGAUCCCAGUGUUUGUGGAAUAUAUGCAACAUGUCAUAACACCCCCGGUUCAUAUUACUGCAUCUGUGCUGAGGGCUUCACACUGAAGUCAGGAGAAACUAAUUUCACUGAUUUUAAUGAAAACUGCAUGAGUGUGUGUGACAUUGAUACAUCUAUCUGUGGAGGAGGAACCUGCACAAACAGCAAAGACGGCCAAGAGUGUGCGUGUAAGUCAUUCACCAACUAUGGACACAAACAAAUGAAAUGCACAGACAUCAAUGAAUGUGCGGAUGGAAGUGCUGUGUGUGGUCCUAAUGCAGAAUGUGUCAAUUCUGAAGGAAGUUAUUCAUGCACAUGUGAACCUGGCUACAUUUCCAGCAAUGGGCAAGAGAUCUUUAUUGCAGAACAAGGAGUUCAGUGUAUUGGGCCUACGAUCUCUGUCCUCCACAUACUCAGUUCUGUACUGGCAGCUUGUCCAUAUCUGCUAGUGACAGUCGUGCUGAUUUACAAAUGCUGCAGAAUGAGAGUUAUAUCUGUUGAAGAAGAAGACACUUCUAUCUGAUAUUAAACCAAGAAAACUUCCAUGCUUCCUGGAAUCAAUCAAUAUCUCAUUCACAAGCUUGGGCAGAGCGUGCUUACUAUAUGUGUUUUAG